AUGGUCGAAACUAAGAAUACCGAAAAAGCCUCAGUGUCCCGGGAGUCUGUUUCUGAUGAUAACCCUGAACAUGAAAAAGUCAGGAUCGUCGCCAUGCAAAAACAGGCACAACCCCUCCAUCUUCAGUUGGACACCGGCGAGGAGUACACAUUGUUCAGGCAGAGAUGGUACCAGAUCUGGCUUCCAAAAAACCCUCCUUUGCCAGCGCCUCCAUCGCUCGAAGAUGCAGAACUCACUCCCCUUGCUAACACGUCUAUCUUUUCCUUACUGAGCUAUGCCUGGAUAACUGACAUCAUGGUUCUGGGUUAUCAAUGCACCCUCCAAGCCUCUGACCUGUACAAAAUAUAUGAAUCACAAGCCUGGACACGCCGUGUGCUUCAAGCAAAAGAGUGGAACAUAAAAUUGCUGAAUGGCGGGGUCAAACCUGGCACUUGGAGAAAAAUACGGUGGGCUAUACGGGCCAUGCGAAAAAGACGGCAAGAUAAAUCAAACAAAGGCCCAGAAGAUGAGGAGCUCAGCAAAACUUGGACAGAAUGCAUGGCAAGACUAGAGAAUAAAUGGCGCGAGGUCGACGGCAAGAAAGAGGCAAGCCUUGCAUGGGCUUUAAACAACACUCUCGGGCGCAACUUCUGGUUGGGUGGUAUCUUCAAGGUAUUUGCCGAUACAACUCAGCUUAUGGGACCUAUUAUUAUCAGGCAUAUAAUCACAUUCAGCGAAGACCGUGCUGCGGCAUGCGAAAGUGGUGCUCCUUUACCCAAUAUAGGGCAAGGAAUAGGACUCGCCAUUGGUUCAUUCUUGAUUCUUGUCACAACAAGUGUUUGUACCCAUCAGUUCUUCUGGCGUUCAAUGACUACAGGCCUCCUUGUGCGUGCAGCACUUAUUCCAUGUAUUUAUAAACGCAGAGUCAAUCUCACAGGCAAAGCAAGAACAAAACUCAGUAAUUCGACACUCAUGAAUCACAUUUCCACAGAUUUGACCUGGACUGCCCCAAUUCAAGUUACCGUCUGUCUGAUCAUCCUUCUGACUGAGCUUGGUCCAUCGGCCUUGGCUGGCUUCGCACUCUUCCUCUUCAUCAUCCCCCUCCAAGAACGCGUCAUGUCACUGCAAUUCCGCAUCCAAAAGCGGUCAAUGAAAUGGACAGACCAGAGAGCAAAAGUUCUGCUCAAAAUACUGGGUGCAAUGCGUGUCGUGAAAUACUUCCCAUACGAAGUCCCGUUUUUACAGCGCAUAUUUGAUCUACAUAAGAAGGAACUCGGAGGCAUCAGGAAGAUCUUGCAUUCCAGCUCUGCAAAUUUUGCGCUCGCCUUGUCUCUCCCCACGCUCGCAGCUACCCUCACCUUUGUGACAUACACGCUGACAGCCCAUGAUUUCAACGUCGCCGUUAUCUUCUCCUCCCUGGGUCUCCUUCGCCAGCCUAUGAUGUUCAUGCCACGUGCAAUGAGCAAUAUUCCCAACACUGCUAAUGCACUUCAGUGCCUUACACGUGUGUUCCAGUUCCACGCGGAUCUGAUGAAGGAAAAGGCAUUUGAGGUGGACAAGGAACAAGGUCCUGCAUUGAUAGUUGAGAAUGCAAUUUUUGAAUGGGAGGUGUUUGCAGAAGCCAUGGAUGAGGAGAGGAAGAAAAAAAAGGGAGGAAAGGCUAUAAAGCAGAAAGCAGAGGUAACGAAGGCAGCAGAAGGGAAGGAAGAGCUGUCCAAGGUCAAGGAUGUGAAUAUGUCCAGUUUACUUCAGGGCUUGAUUGGAGAGAUGAGGAAAGUUUCUGGAAAGGUUUCAUUCGGCAGUCGUGUAGAUUAUUGCCUGCAAACGGCAUGGAUUCAGAAUGCUACUUUGAGGGACAAUGUCACGUUCAGCCAGCCUUUUGACGAGGACAAGUACUGGCAUGUCAUAGAAACUGCUUGCCUUCUCCCCGACUUACAGCUGCUUCCUGAUGGUGAUCUUACAGAGAUUGGUGAAAAGGGUAUUAAUCUCAGUGGUGGACAAAAGCAACGUGUGAAUAUUGCUCGAGCAUUGUACUUCAAUCCUGAUAUCGUGAUUUUUGAUGAUCCUUUGUCAGCUGUGGAUGCCCAUGUUGGAAAAUCCCUCUUUCAAGAUGCCAUUUGCAAUCACAUCUACACCAUCAACAAUGGUGCCAUCGUCAAAAGUGGAACUUAUGACCAGCUCAUCUCAAAUUGCAGGAAUUUUGCUCGUCUGGACAAGGAAUUCAGCGGUAAUGCAACUGGAGAUAAAGCUGAGGAAGCAGUCGAGGAAGUUGUCAUACCGCAGCAAGGUGCUACAAUUGAUUAUGCAAAACUCAAGUCGCAAAAUGCAAAGAAAAAUGCUGCAGGAAGCGGAAAGUUGGAGGGAAGAUUGAUGGUCAAAGAAAAGUGCACAACUGGUUUGGUGUCCUGGGGUGUUUACUGGACCUAUCUUGUUGCGGCACGAGGGUUAUUUACUGCUCCUCUGGUGAUAUUAUUUGUGCUUCUUAUGCAAGGCAGUCAAAUCAUAAACUCAUAUGUCUUGGUUUGGUGGGAGGCAAACACCUAUAAUCAACCUAACUCUUUUUACCAGAUCUUGUACGGGGCUCUUGGUGUGUCUCAAGCAGUGUUCACUUUACUUCUAUGUAUUGCGAUGGAUUAUAUGGCUUUUUUCAUUUCGCAAAAUCUGCACCACAAUUCAGUCAAAAACAUUUUCUAUGCCCCUAUGUCGUUCUUUGAUACUACUCCAAUGGGACGUAUAUUAAGUGUCUUUGGAAAAGAUGUGGACAUUGUCAUUACUAUAUCAUCAGUGGUAAUUGUUGCUAUAUUAGAGCCUUACUUUGUCAUAGCUGUUGUUGUUAUUGCUGUAGGCUAUAGCUACUUCACUGCUUUCUAUCGUGCCAGUGCGCGGGAGGUGAAAUGUUUAGAUUCGAUGCUUUGUUCUAUCCUUUAUGCUCACUUCUCAGAGACGCUUACGGGUCUCCCGACUAUUCGAAGUUAUGGAGAACUUAAUCCAUUUAUAAGGGACAACAAGUACUAUAUUGAUCUCGAAAACCGAGCAUUGUAUCUCACCGUUACAAAUCAAAGGUGGCUGGCUAUCAGACUAGACUUCAUGGGUGGUGUUCUAGUUCUCAUUAUCGGUCUUUUCUCCAUUAUUGGGGUGUCAGGGAUUAACCCUGCACAAAUUGGUUUGGUAUUAACAUAUACAACUUCAAUGGCUCAAAUGUGCGGACUGGUGACACGUCAAACUGCCAAAGUGGAGAACUACAUGAACUCUGUUGAAAGAGUUGUUCACUACAGUCGAGGAGACAUCAUUGACCAAGAGGCACCACAUGUGAUCGAAGAUAACAAACCACCUCCAGAGUGGCCAAUGUGUGGAACCAUCGAAUUCAAAGAAAUCCAGAUGAGCUAUAGACCUGGAUUACCCAACGUCCUGAAAGGAAUAUCCAUACAGAUAAAAGGAGGCGAGAAAAUUGGUGUUGUUGGAAGGACGGGUGCAGGAAAAUCAUCCUUGAUGCUGGCAUUAUUUAAAAUCGUAAAAUUGUCUUCUGGAAGUAUCACAAUUGAUGGUAUCGACAUAUCAACUCUUGGCCUCAGCAAUCUUAGAACAAAAAUUUCCAUCAUUCCUCAAGAUCCUCUACUUUUCAGUGGAACAAUACACUCCAAUUUAGAUCCAUUUUCUCAGUAUGAUGAUGCCCAAUUAUGGGAUGCUCUACACAGGUCAUAUUUGGUUAAUGCUCCCACGACGAAACACGAAUUCUUCUUUUCAGACAAUACUUCUGGAGAGCAUACACCAAUCAAUUGUUUCACUCUUGACACUAUAAUAGAGAGUGAAGGCGCAAAUUUAAGUGUCGGAGAAUGGUCUCUCCUGAGUCUUGCUCGUGCACUAGUGAAGGACAGUAGAGUGGUUGUCUUGGACGAGGCGACAGCUUCCGUUGAUCUGGAGACAGACAGCAAGAGUCAAAGUACAAUACAGUCUGAAUUCAGCGACCGCACACUUCUAUGCAUAGCUCAUUGUCUGCGAACCAUCAUCUUGUACAAUUGUAUACUCAUUUUGAAUGCCGGUUUGGUAGCAGAAUUCAACACACCAUUGAACUUGUACAGGAAGGAAGACGGUAUUUUCCGUGGUAUAUGUGAAAGAAGCAACAUAUCCCUCAAGGAUAUGGAAAUAGGUGCAGAUACUCUUUAG